UGGUAUUUAUCGUCCAUUUACAACUGUGGAUACGUAUAUCUAUACCUGCAUGAGCUUCACGCUACAGAACAAUUACAAAUAUCUCUUCAAAAUGCACACAGCUGGAAGUGAAAUACAGCCAUCGGUGUACGAGCGUGUUCUCCUAAAGCAUAUCUCAGUCACCAGUGUUAGUCUAAGUGAAGUAUGCAGUGACACAUCCAAUCUAGGAAUGGAGAGAUAUCAUGUAGCGCUUAAAUCCGGACACGAAGUCUCGGGUACGAUCACAUGUCCAACAAGUAUUCAAGGAACGUUUUCAUACACAUACACGGGACUAGCGUGUUCGGAUACCUCUCUGGAAACAUGUACAGACAAAACACUUUUUAAAUACAAUGACACCCUGUGCACAGAUAACCCAAUGUUCUCCGGUGAUGGCACGUUGCAUUGUGUAUUCACAGGGACAAAAGGAAGCUACACUUACGUCACCUUAUAUGAUGCUGAAGCUUCCAUGAUAAAUCUUACAAACUUCCAAUUUUCUUGUAUGGUAAACAUCUUUUAUUUAAGUUUAAUAGAGAAUUGA